UGUAGUCAGUCAGUAUUUCGUCACAAUAUGGCGACACACGCAGAUACCAGGGUCGAUUUAAAUACUGAAAACAUUCAGUGUUGUGGUCGAAUAAUGGAGGCAGCGGGGGCAUGCGGGGUCGUAGAGGUGCCCGCUUCACGUGGACUCGUCGAAGGUAGCAGCUCUCCUCCAAACUCCGAAAGUCCGGAAGGAUUUGGAGAUUUGACCAACAGCUGCUGCAUACAAGAAGAGAGGGGCGAGACGCCUGGACGCGAGGACUGUCAGAUGGACCCCCGUGUCGGUGAGAUGGACAGGGCAUCGGAGAAACCCGUGGACAGGAAAGGACUGGGGAAGGAAGUGUUGCUGUUAAUGCAAGCCCUCAACACCUUGUCCACCCCCGAGGAGAAACUAGCUGCCUUGUGUAAGAUGUAUGCUGAUCUGCUGGAGGAGAGCCGCAGCAUGCAGAAGCAGAUGAAGGUGCUGCAGAAGAAACAGUCUCAGCUGGCCAAGGAGAAGACGCACCUGCAGGGGGAGCACAGCAAGGCCAUCCUGGCACGCAGCAAGCUGGAGAGCCUCUGCAGAGAACUGCAGCGACACAACAAGACACUCAAGGAGGAGAACGCGCGGAGCUCGCGUGAGUACGAGGAGCAGCGCAAGGAGGCCACGCUGCACUUCCAGGUGACACUGAAGGAGAUCGAGAGCCAGCUGGAGCAGCACCGGCUGCACAACCGCAAGCUGCGGCAGGAGAACAUGGAGCUGGCCGCCAAGCUCAACAAGAUCAUCGAGCAGUACGAACUACGCGAAGAGGUGAGGGAGACUACUGAACGUAUGUGUCUGCAGCACAUUGACAAGGUGUUCAAGCACAAGGAGCUUCAGCAGCAGCUGGUGGAUGCCAACCUGAAGCGCACAGCGGAGCUGAUGAAGCAGGUGGAGGACCGCCAGCAGCGGGAGAUAGACCUGCUUUUGAAAGACGCCACAGAGACGAGACACAAAUGUGAAAUUUUGAAGGAGCAGGAGAUUCAGCUGAAGCAUCAGCUUUCUCAGUACAUGGACAAGUUUGAAGAGUUUCAGAUAACACUGGCCAAAAGUAACGAGGUGUUCUCCACGUUUCGGCAGGAGAUGGAGAAGAUGACCAAGAAGAUAAAGAAGCUGGAGAAGGAGACGACGUUGUGGCGGACCAAGUGGGAGACCAACAACCAGGCACUGCUGCAGAUGGCAGAGGAGAAAACGCUGCGGGACAAGCACUUCAAGGCGCAGCAAGGCAAGGUGGAGCGUCUGGAGAAGCUGUGCCGGGCGCUGCAGAAGGAACGCACCGAGCUCAACCAGAAGCUCAGCUCCAUGCAGGGCGGGGACCCGGUGUACGACGAGUCAACAGAGGAGGAGGUGGAGGACCAGGAGGGGGCCCAUGACACGGGGACGGGGAUGGGGCCUCCUCCACCCAACCCCCCACAAUCCCCCACGGAGGAGAUGGAGGACGAGGAGGGAUCCCAGAGUCGCUCGUCCCCCGAGCCAGAAGCAGAGACCAGAGCAGUGGAGCCGGUUGAGCCGGUGUCUGGGACAGAAGACCCUGGCAUCCAGCCUGAUGAUGGAGAGCCUUCCUCCACCUCCACCGCCACAGCAGCCUCCACUGAAAGCCCUGACGACUGAGCCAGGCCUCUUUGUAGGGGCCGCUUGCCUUUUUUUUUUUUUUUUGGUUGUUUUCUUUAGAUUUUUUUUUUGUUGUUUCUUUUUUUUUGUGGAGGUAUAUAUUUUUGUGUAAUAGUUAUAAAAAACGAUUUGAGAUUAAGAGAUUUGCAUUGGCGUUUAGUUUAGGUAUAACUUUUUUGCUCUGUACAUUGGGGUUAUAUAGUAGGCUUUGGUGGUGAGCACUUCCCUUUGAUUCUUUUUCCCCAUUUACCACAUAUGUAUUUUCCAAGGAAAUGUCAUGUGGUCAAAGUUGGCUGUCAUGCAGCAGCUUUAGAUUUGUUUUUCUUAAACUGUUUUUUUCCUCCCUUGUUUCUGCUUAUCUGUGGGGCCAUUUAUUUUUGUUUGUUAUCCCUCCCGCUCCCCUUCUGUUCUCCAUCUAAAAGAUGUAGCUCUUGACUCUGACCUUUUGCAAUCAGAAUAAAUAUUCCAGAAGCAUAUUAUGUCUAAAAAACCCCCAAAAACAAUUAUUUUUGUCGACGCAGUGGAGCCUAGUGGAACUGAUUUUAACAGGUAGCCCUCUUGUCGAUACUAAUCCGCGUCUCCCUCUUUCCCUACACUUCACACAUGCCUGGGCAUUAUGAGAUGAAAAUGGAAGAAGAAAUCAAACAUGUUUUUAGUAUAAUAGGCUUCAGAGAUCACACAAAACUUAAACUGACUGUAGAUGCAAAUUUCAAAUUGGCUUCGACUUCAUAGCCAUUUUUUCCCGGUUUAUUUUGGUUUUCCAAAAAAUAGGGGAGCAUCUGUUGAUUCCUGAAACUAGUGAUUUUGUUUCUGUGCAUCAUCACGGAUAACUUGAGUCCAAGGGCUAGUUUGACCAGGCUGCUAUCCAUGUGUCCAUGUGUCGUGUCAUUUGUAUGCGUUUUGGCUUUUGGUGUACUUGGAUGCUGUGUAGAUGUUGAGUUGAGCAUUUAAAAGUCAACACUUGGGACGUGACGUAGUUAUAUCCCAUGUAGUGAGGUUUUGAGGUCAAAAUGUGUGAGGACCAAACUCUAACAACAUUCUAAUUAAGGCAUAAACCAACGUUCCAAUUUGAGGAUUAACUGUUUCAGAUACACUUGCAAAUAGCAGAUUGCUAGGAAAGUAAUAUGGAGGUUGGAGGUUUACUACCUACUCUGGAGGGGCAAAGCCUGCUCUCUGGCAUACCCACGUUUCCAGCUUGUGAAGCAUGUAGGGUGAAUAGAAUAGAUUCUGGUGACUUCCAUGGCUAUUGUUUUGUCUUUUGUCUAGUACAGGCAUGGCGUGAACGUAUGCUUGUGCAUUCGCCACUGUUGCACUGCUAGAUCAGAGUCAACUGACCAAGCUUUUGUGAACCAUAAAAAAUUAUGUCUCAUGUAAUUUGAUAUUGAUCAUGCUAUUUUUUUUGUUUUCUUUUUGGCUGGAAGCAGAGUCACCAAGAGUUAGUUUUGAGUUGAUUGGCAUAUGGGGCCUUGACACCUUUUGGUGCUCCCUACUGGAAAUGCAGAAUGUGUUUUCUUUCCUUUAAAAAAAAAAAAAAACUGCAGUGAACAUAAAUACAAACGUGUACUUCAUGCUUCACAGCUCAAUGCUGAUGUUCAGUGGAGCGGCAGCCAUUUUAGAGUUGCUAUGUGAAAACAAGAAAAAAAAAGAGAAAAAAGUGGAGUACUGAACUUUCAAAUGAAUGUAGAUUCUCACCCUUGUUGCCAAAUGGCCUUAAAGCCCUACCAGUGUCUCUCGACUAAAACGGAAAGAAAACAGGGUUUUUAAUUAACCAUGUCAUGCUCUCUCAGGUCUGAAUUCAGUGGCACACACACAUGCUUAGUUCUGGAUACAAUUCAGAGUCCUUAAAGUAUGUCAUUGUUUUAGUAGCUUCUUUACAGAAUUUAUGCUGCCCAUUCAUUAGUGUUUUUCCCUGUAUAUUUACCACCACCAUCAAUUUGCAAGAUUUCAUUAUGAUUUGGAAAUGCACAAUAUUCAUAUGUUAAGGGUGGAUCUUCUCCAUGUCCGCAAACAUUAAAGGACAUCUUUGGCUGUAAAACCCAGCGUACCUUCACUUUGAUCAGCUUUGAAAAUAUUAGUGUAUUACUUAGGAAAUUCUCGUGAAAUUACGAAAGUUGUGAAUGGGCAGCAUAUAUUUUGAAAACCAAUGACUCCAAUUACACGCACUACCUUUAAAACAGCCGCGAGACAUUCAUUAUUAUUCCUACAAGUCGGUUCCAUUCAUUGACAUUCCAGGCCGUUAUUUCACAUGUGGCUGCAUUAGUGCCAAAUCUGGUUUAAGGGACAGACCACCAAUCUUGGAAAUAUGCUCCUUUUACACUUCCCGUCAAGUUAAAUACAGUUUUACCUUCCUCCUGUUCUAGCUGUUCUCCGAUUGUGGUGAUAUCACUUCUGAGCAUGGAUCAUUGAACGGAAUGGGACCAAGUUUGGUACCAUCCAGCUCACUGAUACUUGCUCAGAAGUAAUUUCACCAGACUUAGAAUGGUCUGAAGAACAUGAGAAAUGUAAAACACAAUUAUUUAAUUUGAGAGGUGUAAAAUGAGCGCAUUUCUAAAAUAUGGUGGGACUGUUCCUUUAACCCAGGACAUGCUAACCCACCCCCCUUGAUGAUCCUUCUGUCCUUGCUCUACUUACUAGAAUUAGGUUUUUCCACAGAAGGUCCAAUGGGGCACCUAAGUCAUGCCCUCUACUUCCUGGUUCAUGGGGCAGUAAGUUGCAAAAAAUUUAAUGGAAGUGAACGAGGCGAGUCGUGAUGGAUUUGUGGUGCAUAGGUGGAGGUCUAAGGCUUGGAUUGUUGUCGAAAAACCACUCAUUUCAAGCCCAGUAAUUAUUUUUUGACUCCCUCUGCCCCAUGAACCAGGAAGUAGAGGGAGUGACUUAGGUGCCCCAUGGGUGAAGGUUGGCUGUCUUUUCUGAGUAAAGUUGCUACAUCCUGAGUUUGACUUCUCUUAAAGCAUGAAGUAUACUUGCAGAAGUAUACUUGCUCUGAAAAAGCCUGAGCAGACCUAUAAUGGGCAUGUAUUGGUUGACACCAAGAGGGCUGAAGGGCUAAACCGUUUUUGUAUGUAUAAAUUCAGCCGUGUACCUAGGUAAUUUUGAGAUGCUUCUACAUUGCAAAACUCAUGACCAAAGGCAAAACGGAAGGAUUUAAAAAAAAAAAAUAAAAAAAAAUGGAUCAUUAAAACCUUCAACCAGCCUGACUUGUAUUGUGAACUUGUCAACUUAUACGUAAGUAGAACUUCAAACCAGCCUGAAUUUUUAGCAACAGAAAACACUUGACAUUUUUUUCUUCAUUUGCGUCUUUCAUUAGAAAUGUGAAUGUGCUUAUAGAUUGUGAAAUGAAGCGGUUAUUGUCCACUUUUUUUUCCUUCUUCAUUCAAUACGCACAGUAACAUCUGAGCAACUUCUGGAGGUGUAUUUGAGGUUGUUCCCGGCGUAUGCAUUGUUCAUUGAGUGAGUGAUGUUUUGAUGUCGACAGGCCCUUGGUUGGUUGAACGUGAUUUGACUGGUGCUUGGGGACAGUUCUGAAAAAAAACACUUCCUUUCUUUGGCAAUGCCUCAGUUUUGAUUCUCAGGUUAUGCAAGAAAUCUACCUCCGCGGGUGAGUCUUGCUGUGAAAGAGGCUAGAAUCCACAAUGCUUUGAAAAGCUUUAUUAUUCCUCCUUUACGCCACCUUCCCCCCCAAAAAAGCUGAGCUUAUGUUUCCCUGAGAUUGUACACAAAUGUUAUUGUCCUGUCUUGCUUUUCAAUAAACAUUUUGUAGAAUUUUCCAAACUA